UGCACAGCGAAUAGGAAAAAAACAACAAUUCACAAAGAAAUAAUAGAUUAGUGUCCGCCAAUACGAAUACGUCUGCCGCAAAACGACGACGAUACAAGUAAAAAUUCUAAAUUGUUUCAAGUGUUGUGUGUUUAAGCAUUAAAAAAAAUUGAACUGUUUUACUCGCAAAAUUGAAGCAAAGACUUUUUGAAUUGAAACAUUCGAUUAAAAAGUUUAAUUGUGAACAUUUUUCUGUGUAAAUAUGUCGACUGAUCGUCAAUCUCCAUCCGGUGAAUCUGCUUCCAAUGACAGUCAUGCAUCAAUCAGCCCACCAGCUCUUCAAGAAGGGAGCGCGAACACAAGUGGUGAUGCUGAUAUUAUACCAAUGGAUCGCAAUUGCUCAGAUGUAUUAUUUGAUAUGAAUGAUUUAGCCGCUCAACUAAGUAGAUCCAUAUCGACUGCAUUGCGAAAUCAUCGGUAUAAUGAGGAACAAGCAACCGGAAAUGUGGUAACACGCAGACAGACUACGGCUACUGAAGUACGUGAGCUGAUGGAAACUAUGAGGGCCUUAACCGAUGAACUCGAACGUCUUUGUAUCCAUCCACUUCAAGAAGCUCACCCUUUGGCACGACGUUGAUAUAUUUCCGUCCAACUUAUUUUUUUCAUUUUGCAUCAUUCACAUACACACACACAAACAAAAACACAUUAAAAAAAACACAUGAUUUCAAUUGUGAAUUGAAAUUUAUCAAACGUACUUCAAAACCACUAAUUAAAAAAAACAGCAUCUCUCAUAUAUGUAUAAGAUUAAAUGAAAAACAUUUUAUAGAAAUGGGAAAAAAAUAAAAAUAUUGAAAAGUUUUUCCUUUGAUUUCUACAAUUUAAAUCUAUAAACAGCAUAAUUGUAUCCAUAUUGAAAAAUUGGUUCAUUCAAAUUGUAGGAACCCAUACUAAGUAAAGAAAAAAAAAACAAAAAUAAUCAUCUCUGUAAAAAAAAUCAAAGUACGUUUGAUUCACACAAAGAUUAUGUAUAAAUUAAAACAAGGAUUACAUUUUUAAGCAUAGUGAAUAAUUUAGUAAAGUGAGUGAAUGUGGGAGAAACUUAAAUAAAAACUAAAUGAGCAUUAAAAAUUUAAAAAACUAAAAAAAAGAAAGAAGAAAAAAAAAUAACAAAAUCGCAAGACAAAUUGUAACUAAACCAAUUUUUUUUUAGUUGAAUGUAUGUAAGGGAAAUGAUGUAUUGUACAUUUUUACUGAAAUAGUCACAAUUCUAAAGAAAAUCAGCACUGAAACCGAGAAUAUGUCAUUUAGUUGAUUCUUUUUUCGGUAAUAUUAUAUUUGCACGAAUGGGAGAAGUGAAGAAAUUCAGAAUUAUACAGAAUUGAAUCAAUUUUAAAA